AGGGUUAUGUACACUGCCAUUUCAACGUUAACUGUUGGCUUGAUGCUAGCUGUUUGGUUCUAACAGUUCUCGGGAAAUUGCGGCACAACUGACCAUCGUUCCAACGUGCAGUAAACCAGCAGUAAGCUUGUGAUUGUAUUCAGGGGUUCGAGAACGGAACAUCUUGUAGGAAUAUUUAAUCGUCGAGAGAUUGAGAAGACAAAACAAAAGAGAAAAAACAGUUCAUUAUCCAAAAGAAAGACGGCGAGUCCAAAACCCAACCCACCCACGCCACCCCGACGUCCCCUCAGCAGCCUCGCCAUAACCUUCUUCCUCUUCACCGGCGCCCUGUUCGGAUGGUUCAUGCGCGUCCCCUCCCUUAACUCCGUGCCCCUCAACUUCUCUUCCGUCGUCCGCACCUCCCGCUUCGAGAACGGCGUGCCCCUCCUAACCCAAUACACCGGCCGCCCUUUCAUCGACCAAACCGCCUUCUUCCUCGUCGCCGCCUUCCUAGCCGGCCCGCUAGCCUGGGACGCCGGCGAGCGCGCGCAGCAAGUAUACUUCCUGCUGGGGUACCCCGUGCCGAGCGUCGCGCUGUACUAUGGCCCGAGGGUCGACGUCGAGACGGCGCAGUGGUUGACGGCGCUGUGGCAGGUAUCGCCGAUCCUCGUGAGCCCUUUGCUGCUGGUGUUUUCGUUCUUCGCCUCACCGUCAAUGUCGGCGUCUUCCAAGGCAGCGCCGCCUAAGAAGAACGCCGCUGUCAAGCACCUCAAGCGCCUGUACCUGAUCACGGGCCUGAUCUCGGCCGCCGUGCACCUGGGCACGCUGUACGUGUGGUUCACGUCCGCAGGCACCAACCCGCAGCUCUCGCUUAGCCACACGUUCCUGCCGAAUCGCCAGACGUGGAAGGACAGCAUGGUGCUGGGGAUGCACUACAUCUUCCAGUGGGACCUAAUAGGCACGCAAGUCAUGAUGCUUGCUUGGGCCUGGCUCGCCGUCAUGGAUGUGUUGCGGGUCUUGCGGAUCGAUGGCAAGUCCAAUAUGUCUGAUUACGUUAAGGCGGUGCUGGCCCGGGGGCUGCGUUGGUUAUGACCUGGGACUACAGAGAGGAUAGACUCAUUAUGAUUGGGGAUGGCGUCAAGGGAACCCAUAAGAAGCCCAAGACUGCAUAAGAGGGUGUGGCUUUACGUCAACUCGAGUUUGGACUGUCUAGGACAUGUCAAUGGUGCUAAGCAUUCCUUCAACAUCUCAUCCCUGAAACUGGCAUCACUGUGACCGUCUGUCUG